AUGCCCCUUACAUACAGCAUUAAAGAGGAGCAACAGCAAUUAUCUAUCGAUGUUGUUGAUCUAAACAAUAUUGUUUUAAGAAUGCGACCCUUGGUAAAGAAAGCAAAAGUUUUGGUUCUUCGCGAACUUGCACUCUAUAUAAAACGACAAAAAUCAAAGCAGUUGAAAAUCCCUGAAGAUCAAUCUAAACGUUUGGGACGAAAAAUUGUUAAUAGACUCGCCGAAGUUCGAUUGUUAAAGAAGAUGAAUGUUGAUAAACUGAGCAAACUUGUUUUAGCUAAUGUUAAUUCCCACGAUAUGCUUGAAAAGGGAGGUGAAACUCUUACCAAACAGGAACGUAUUGUCAUUCGGGUUUCGGUUUGCCCCGAUAUCGCCAAAUUCGUCACAGAUUUCCGCGAGAAGCACAAUGAUUGGCCCACUUUAGUGCAUUACCUUCUGUACAAGAAUACCUCUGGUAAGUGGAAGACUACUGAGCAGAAAAGAAAAGCCACAAAGCGGAAAAAGAAAAAGGGAGAUCUUCCACUACCGAUAGGGGAAUUGGAUGUUAGCAACGAUGAACAAGUAGAGUCAACACUACAAAAGUUCAAAACUUUUAAAGAUGCUCACGAUCGUGAAUUAAUUGAAGCUCAGAAACGAAUUCUAGAAGAAGAAAAAUUAGGAAUUGUAGAAAAUGAAAACGACUCUGAAGGUGAUGUCUCGAAUGAAGGCCAGAUGCAGGUUGAUCGGGAUAUCCGUCCUUCCGAAGUCAACCACAGCAAUCCUGAAAUGAAAGUCUUUAUUAAUGAACUCCUUGAAAUGGUCAAUAGAGGCGAGAAGAUCGACGACUCCUUACUUAUUGGCGAUGAAUUAAAGGGGAUUCCAGAGCCUAUAGAAGCGAAUCCAGAAGUUAAGGAGGAGAUUCAGAAAUCCAAAAGGAGUAAAGUAAAGCAGAAUUCUGAAGCAGUUAACGCUUCAUCUCAGAAAAUUGCUCAGAGUAUGGAAAAAGUGGAACUUGGAGUGCUUAAAUCUUCUCCUUCGGCCGAAGAAGGUGAGAAAGAGAAACCCGCAAAAUUAAAUCGGAAACAAAGAAGGUUGGAGAAGGCUAAAGCACCAGAAGCACCCUCAGAAUCGGUUCAAAUGCCUGGAAUUGAGGUUGAUGGAAUGCUGCAUGAAAUAAUCACUGAAAAUAUUGGUGAUGACGAAGAUGCUUCCGAAGAUGACGAUAUUCUGGGAUGUGAUGAUUUGAAAAAUCGAAGUGCCAAGCCGGGAGAUAGGGCGAUUUACAGGCGCUACGUCAAACAGAGAAAUUUGCAUAACUUGAAGAAUAAAUUUGAACCCAGCACUUUCAGAAGAGCAGGUUUCCGAAAGGGCAACGUCUCGGCCAAGCCCAAAUUCGGCAAGAAUGCAGCAGCCUCCAAAGAGGAGCUCCCGUUGCAUCCGUCCUGGGAGGCGAAGAGGAAACAAAAGGCUCGCCUUUCCGUACCCAUUAAGAUUGUUGUUGACUAA